AUGAAAUUCACAGCAGGGAUCAUUGCAGCUCUUGCGAGCUGCAGCGCAGCAACCACAACUACUGGACAGGCCUUUAUCUUUCCACGCGAUGGAUCCGCCUCAACAGCUACGCUCAAUCGCAGCCUGGCCAGACUCGUGUUCCUCCAGCGCUUGGCCAACCCCGGCGAAGGCCCAAGCAUCAGAGAUAUCCCCGAAGGAAUCAGCGCCGACGAAGCCGUUGCUACGCUCAACAAAUUCUCGAACGCCAAAAGCGCCUUAUUUGCGUCCGAGCCGACGACCAAGCGACUGCUUGUCAUGGUUGACGGUAUGACUGCACAACAAAUCGACGAGGCUGAGAAAGCUCUCGACCAGAGUGCGGCCUUUACGAUAGAUGACCUGCCUUCCUCUACGGCCAAUCGCGAUUUAUUCGAAAUUGAUGCCUACAAUGCGGGCGCGACGAAACAACACCGCUGCUCACUGGGCGAAAUUGUAGAUAUGAAAGAGAGCAAGUGCUGGAGUGAAACAUCCACAGCUGCUAGAUUCAACGUCGCAGAGAAGCCAAACUCGAUGAAGAGCAUCGUCGAUGCUCUGAGGUCCAUCCCCAAGCUUGCUAAAGCCGGGGAAGUGGAAGCUACGAUCGUUCUGCUACCUGCUACAGGCGAUAAUGCGAAGCCUUCGUGGUCUGAUAAGCCCCAAGAGCUCCGCCGUCGACAGGCCGAGCAGGUCAUCUCUUCCAACCAUAAGGCGGCUUUAUUGAGCGAGACCCGCCCGUCUACGACCUCGUCGAGCUUGCCAGUCGAGAAGACACCUAUCCCUGCCUGCUUCACCUCCAACGAGACCUGCAUCGCCGGCACGAACAAUUGCUCGGGGGGACACGGAUCUUGCGUUAACAAAUACGGCGCCGUCCCCGAGAAUCCCAAGGAGGGAGACGUCUGCUUCGUAUGCCGUUGCAAAUCGACCGCGAAUAAGAACAGUGGGCCGACGCACUGGGGCGGACCAACAUGCGCCAAGGAAGAUGUUAGCGUGCCGUUUUGGCUCUUUUUCGGGUUCACAAUCGUUCUCGUCAGCGUCGUCUGGAUGGCCAUCGGCUUGCUGUUCAGCGUGGGCGAGGAGAAGCUCCCCGGGGUCAUUGGUGCCGGCGUUUCUCGCUCAAAGUAA